GAUUUGAAAGUGCAAAUCCGUGCCUUCGAGGGUUUGGGCGAUUUAGAUGGGCGGCUAUCUACCGUUGUUCUCAACAGUAUCGUGCAACAGCUUCUAGACUCGAGAGACGAAAAAGCUGCAACACGUUUUAUGCUAGCAUUCGAUCUUCCUGGUGGACGUGGUCGAGAUCCCACGGGAUCUGGCAGUACCACCGAGCUCGCUGGCGAGCAACCCCCCGAUUCCUUGUCAACGCGCACCCCCAUAGACACCCCCGCUGUAAAGCCCAAUGCCGUUACUUUCUCGAUUCUAUUGCACUACAUGGCAAGAGAAGGCAAACUUUUUCGCAUGCUCAAACUCCUAGACCACAUGAAACGGGCUGGUGUCCAUCCAGAUCCCCACAUUCUAGCAGCGCUCAUUCGAGGAUAUCUGGCUGCAGGUCAUAGUCGCGAAGCCCUUAGCGUUGUUGCAGUGAUGCUGGAUAUGCGAUCUCCUGCUGCUGCUGGGACCUUCUGUAGCAUGAUGCAGGUGCAGCCGCUAACAACACUCCCGGUUGACGUCCAGGAUGUUCCCUUGACGGCGCAUAUAUUCAAUGCACUAAUGAGUGGAUUACUUGACGUCAUGGGUCUCAAAGCGAUGCGAGAUAUCUUGCGCACGAUGCGUGCCGUUGGGAUUAGUCCCGAUAGUCACACAGUAGAAAUUCUUAUGAAUUUCCUUGAACGAGCACAAGGAUCUAGUCCACGUCAAUUGAUACGCGUGCUUCGUUCAUUUUCAUCACCUUCGCUUCGACCCACCAUCCGACACAUCCACAUCAUCCUGCGGAGCAUCCUUCGUCGCGAGAAAUUCAUAUUUCACAGUUGCGGGUGGGACGCGACUGCCGCCAAGUUCUCUAAGAAGCGCAAGUACAACACCAAGUCUCCCGAGGGACCUAUUCUGGACACCACCGAGCACUAUCAUCCUACCGCCGGUCUCAAACUUCCUCGUCGUUCACGGUUGAAAUCCUGGUUCAGACCGAUCCUACAGUCUGUUUCCCGGCAGGCCAUUCAAAGCGAUCGUGCGACCAUUGCACUAAGGUUGAAACAUGAAGCGGUUGCUAGGUCUGACAUGGGGCCCUCUCAAACUGUUUUUCGAAACAUGUUGGAUCAAGGGCUUCACCCAACCAUCCACCAUUAUUCAACGCUCAUGGACGGGUAUGCGAAGAUGGGUGACAUCCGAGGCGCUAAACAGGUGCUUCGAGAUGCACUUGAGGCUGGCAUCCAGCCGAAUGCAAUAAUGUACACCAUUCUCGUCAACGGCUAUGGUCGCCGGGGAAAACCGGAGGAAGCUAUGCGGGCUUUCCGUGCAAUGAUUCGUGCUGGUAUUGUUCCCGAUGUACCCUCCAUCGACGCAGUUGCCCACGCAUAUUUUGCUGUGGGAGCAUAUUCAGUAGCAAGACGGGUGCUACGCGAAAUGUGGGCUCAAAUUCAGCCGUUUCCUCCCGAGCUGGAACACGCCACUCUCCGCACACUAGCCGUGACGUUUCGCUCCCAUAGUUUGAACCCGGAGCAUGGGAGACACAAAUUGUCCAAGCGUCAGCAACGGCUGCUGUACUGGAAGAUGAGAGCGAUCAAAACAGAGUGGAUGCGAUUUGAGCAGUGGACGGGGUCCCGCCCACUCUCCGGUGGGAUUGAUAGACAAGUUGGGUAUCCACAUAAAGAGGAAUAG